CUGGACUGGAGCAUACGUGUAGCAUCGAGAUGGUGUCUCAGGGCAUUCAGAUGAUUGGCAUCUCUCUGGCCACGAUCGGCUGGUUCCUGGUCAUCAUAGUCUGCGCACUCCCCAUGUGGAAGGUGACGGCGUUCAUCGGAGCGAACAUCAUCACGGCUCAGACCGUCUGGCAGGGCCUGUGGAUGAACUGUGUGGUUCAGAGCACGGGUCAGAUGCAGUGCAAGGUCUAUGAUUCCAUGCUGGCCCUGGCGCAGGACCUGCAGGCCGCCCGGGCCAUGAUCAUCAUCUCCAUCCUCACGGGGAUCUUUGGGGUCAUCCUGUCCGUGGCGGGUGGGAAGUGCACCAACUGCAUGGAGGAGGAGCGCGCCAAAGCCAGGACGUGCAUCCUAGCCGGUGCGUUGUUCAUCAUCUCCGGAUUGCUGUGUCUGAUUCCCGUCUCCUGGUCGGCACACACCAUCAUCACCAACUUUUACAAUCCCUUGGUGAUCGCUGCCCAGCGCUACGAUCUCUUCGCCAUGGGGAGGAUUGGCAAGGAGACGGCAGGUCAGGUCAUCAGCUUCAUCGGGCUGGUGGGGGUGGCGGUGACCUGCGGCAUCCCCAUGUGGAGGGUGACCUCCUUCAUUGGCGCCAACAUCGUGACGGGCCAGAUCAUCUGGGAUGGCCUGUGGAUGAACUGCGUGAUGCAGAGCACCGGGCAGAUGCAGUGUAGGCUGAACGAGUCGGUGAUGAGGCUGACGCCGGAUCUGCAGGCCGCCCGAGCCCUGGUGAUCAUCUCCCUCGUCUCCGGCUUUAUUGGAUUCAUGAUCACCUUCAUCGGCGCUAAAUGCACCGGCUGUCUGCAGAAGGACCGGUCCAAGGCCAUCGUCGUAAUCAUAGGCGGCUGCCUCCUCAUCCUUGCCGCAGUCCUGGUCCUGAUUCCCGUCACCUGGUCAGCGACCAUCACCAUCACUGACUUCCAGAGCCCCUUGACCAUCGAAACACAAAGGAGGGAAAUCGGAGCGGCCAUCUAUAUCGGCUGGGGCUCUGCUGCGAUUCUACUUGUCGGCGGGAUCAUUCUCACCACCUCCUGCCCUCCUCAGAGGCCCUUGUACGGAUACCCCGGUUACCAACCAGCACCCGUGUACCCUUACACAAACGGGUCCACAUACGCCCCUGCGUACGCUCCAGCCUCCAGUCAGCCAUACACGGCAAGCGGCUCAUACGCUCCAACAAAACCAUACGCGGCGCCAACCACAUACCCGGCUCGGCAGUACAUUUAAAGACUGGGAUGACACACAGAGAGACUGCAGACUGGAUGUUUCUCGUGCUGGAUAGACUAACGUGUACUACGUGUAAUACUGUACCAAGAUACACACAAACGAUGGUAUGUAUUCCACUGCUAGAUCACGGUCAAUUCCUUAUUGUUCCUUAUUGUGAGUGGAUGCUUGCUAUGGAGCUCGGUUGUGUUCCAAAAGCUGAAAUUGUCUGCAAGGAAUCAUCAUGUCAACAAGCCUAUUUGCACUGGAGUUGUGUAAUUAUGUCCAUAUCUUUGUUUUUUGUACUCAUGAUGUGUUGAUUUUGUGUAAAUACCGAGAGCAUUUUAAUAAAACAUCUGCCUUAACACCAAA